GCCGAGCCCAGCCCAGCCGAGCCCAGCCCGGCCAGACCCAGCCCAGCCGAGCCCAGCCCAGCCGAGCCCAGCCCGGCCAGACCCAGCCCAGCCGAGCAUGGGGCCGCGGGCGCUGCUCGCCCUCCUGGCGGCCGCCGCCCUGGCAGGCGCCAGCACAGUUCCAGUGGAAAAAGACCAUACUGAAGAAAUGGUAACCCGGUGCAUUGUGGAGGUCCUGUCCAACGCUCUGUCUAAGCCAAACGCACCCCCCAUCAAUCCUGAAUGCAAAGAAAUCCUGAAGAGUGAUAAAAAUGACAGAGAGAGAAGUGAAAAGGAACAGCCUGAAAUGAGGCAUCCCAAGGACCCAGCAGAGACUGAAAAACAUUCUGCUGGGAGUGUGGAGAAAGAACAGAGGCAGGCAGAAGAGGAAUCUAAAAAGUACUUGGAAGGAGGUGAUGAGGAGAAACUUGCUCGUGAGGAAGGUAAAAGUGAGGAGGAGGAGGAGGCUGGACACCACACACCUGCUCAGGAUGAGACACUUCACACAGAAGAAAAAAAGCAGUACCAGGAAAUCGGGAGAGAGGAAGAGAGAAAUUACCACAGUGAAGAGGAAAGCAAAGAGGGCAGGUGUUGUGAGGAUGUCGAGGCUGCUGUUCUCACCAAGAAGUCCCACUCUGAGGGCGUGAGCAUGGAUGAGUUCCGUGGUGGGAAUGAUCAGAGCCCCAGGGGCCACUGGCACCUGGAGGAGGGAAUGAAGAGUCCUUCCAAGCAAAUUCGGGAAAGUGAGGAGGGAGAGGAAGACAGGAGUAAGAAAUACCACCAUGAGCCUCAGGAACGUGGCUUCUCCCACCAGCAGGAGCGUGAAGAAUCCGAGGAGAGUGAAGAAAGAGAGGAAAGAAGGGAACCCUUCAAGGCCAAAGGUUAUGGUGGGAAGCACAGAGCGGGGGGCUCCUAUGAAGAGAAGAGGGGCCAUGGUGGUGAGAGGGGGGAGCCAGCAGGGGAGGCCAGUCUCUGGGAGCAGUGGAAGCACCAUCAGAAGCAUCAGGAGGGGUCUGAGGAGAAGGGGUCCGAGGAGCUGCAGGAGGAGAGGCCUGCAGAGCAGGGCAGUGAGGAGCACAGGGACAGCUGGCAGCAGAGCCAGGAGAGCAGGGAAGAGCAAAGCAAGAGGCACCACCAGAGCCAGGAGAGCAGUGAGGAGAGGAGGCAGCACGAUGGAUCCCAGCAUUCUGAGGGGAGGCUGUACCCUGCUGAUGAAAACCAGGAGCAGCUGGCCAGGUACCUCAGCGAGGAGAAGCAGCGCAGUGUGGCAGGGAGAGCCCGCCCACGGAGCAGGGAACACCAAAGGUCCCAGCAGGCUGGAGAGCACAGGGGGCAGGCCAGCAGGCACCACAGCACUGAGGACAGCCUGGAGGAGGAGCAGGAGCUGGUGGAAAAGAAGCAUCGCAGCAGUGACCAGGUGGAAGAUGAGGAGGAGGAAAGGUUUGCAGAGAGAGGUGAGUACAGAGGCCAUCUCCCCGCAGAGAAAGAGAAGAGAACUGCAGCAGCCUACAGGCCUUUCUACCCGCUGCUGUGGUGGAAAAGCCAGCACUUGGACAAAAGGGACAGUGCAGGGGAGCAGCUCCCAGAGGGCAGGGAGGAAGGCAGGCCCGCCCUGAGUGAGAAGAGCCUUUUCCCUGAAUACAAUGACUACGAGUGGUGGUCAGAAAAGCAAAUCCAGAGUGCUCUGAAGCACCGGCGCACCGACAAGAGGAAUCCUGGCAAAACAAACAGGUACGAUGUGGAAAGGCAGUACAAGAAGAUGGAUCAACUUGCACAGCUUCUCAACUACAGGAAGAAAUCAGCUGAACUGCCAGGGCUGUACAGCUCUGGAGAAGAGCUGAAGAAACGUCACGUGGCUGGCAAUGACAGAAGGAGCCUCAGCCGGAGGCCCCUGACGGAUGAGGAGGAAAAGCAGCUGGAAAACUUGGCCACCAUGGAUCUGGAGCUGCAGAACAUAGCAGAGAAGAUCAACAGCCUCAGGAGAGGCUGAAGCUGUCCUGUGUUCUGUGGUAAAGUCACUGCCACUGGAUUGUUGUUUGCUCUAAGCCCAGGAAAUUCUACUCACUGUCCACUCUCGUGUAGUGAUUUACACAGCUGAAAGUGUCUUUAAUUUGCUGUUAUGCUCCUGAGACCUGAAUGGCAUGAAUUUUAGUAACAUAGCCUUUCAUGUGGGCAGGUAUUUUUAAUAUGCUUUUGGAGAUAAUUGUGUUAGUGUUCUUCAGGAAUAUAUUUGUCUGAGUUUGCAAUAAUAAAAACCAUUGAUCUUGGA